AUGCUUUUCUUUUCCAUCGAUGCAUGGGAAGAGACCUACAGUCUCUAUGGGCGCGAUGUGUUCGUCCACCGGAUGCAGAUCCAGGAGUCGGGCGUCAUCGUGGGCCAGCACGUCUACUUUGAUGUCGAGCUGAACAACAAAGGGCACCCACAGGUGAUCUGUGGGAUUGGGGGAGAGAUCGGAAGGUGA